CCCUCGGCUCACAGCCGCGCUCUCCCCGCCCCUCACCGCAGCCUGCAGCCGUGCUCCCCGCCGCGGUUCGCCUGGCCCGGCGCCCCGGGGCCCGUUAGUGCCUGCCUGCUCGCGGGGCCGCCGCGCGACCCCAGUCGGGCGCGAGCCCACCUCCGCCCCUUGACCCAGCCCAGUCCCAACGCCUAGUGCGGCCGCCCAGGGAGCCGCAGGAGCGGCGGCGGCGGCGGGGGAAGAGGGAAAGGAGGCCGAGCCGGCGGCCCGGAGGCUCGGUUCUGUAGCCGCUUCUUUGCUCGAGUUAGGUCUCGCCCAGCCCUGUUUCUUUCUCUAUGUACUUUGUGCGAAUAAGUUUUGGAGCAUCGGUUAACAGCCUAUGGGUGAAAUUUGGCUUUCAUUCAUGAAUGAGGUAUUAAAUCACUGAUGCUCAGGGCCAUUUCAUUUGAUGCCGUUUUUUAAAUGAAACAUUUGUGUGCCCACUGUUUAAGAUGUAGAGCUUACUGUGAUUCUUGGGUUUCAGGAAUUAUUCUUGAUAGAAGUAUUUUAAAAGAAAAGCCUUUGCAAUGGCUUCAGCAGUUCUUAGUUCUGUUCCCACUACUGCUUCUCGCUUUGCCCUGUUGCAAGUGGAUAGUGGCAGUGGUUCUGAUUCUGAGCCUGGAAAAGGCAAAGGUCAGAACACUGGAAAGUCUCAAACAAGCAAAUCAACUACAAAUGAGAAAAAGAGAGAGAAAAGAAGAAAAAAGAAGGAACAGCAGCAAAGUGAAGCAAAUGAGCUCAGGAAUCUUGCUUUUAAGAAAAUCCCCCAGAAAUCCUCCCAUGCCAUUUGUAAUGCCCAGCAUGAGCUUUCGUUACCAAACCCAGUACAGAAGGAUUCACGAGAAGAAAAUUGGCAAGAAUGGAGACAAAGAGAUGAACAGCUGACAUCUGAAAUGUUUGAAGCAGAUCUUGAGAAGGCAUUGUUGCUAAGUAAAUUAGAAUAUGAAGAACACAAAAAGGAGUAUGAAAGUGCUGAAAAUGCUUCAACUCAGUCAAAGGUGAUGAAUAAAAAAGAUAAAAGAAAGAAUCAUCAGGGAAAAGACAAACCUCUCACAGUAUCACUAAAAGAUUUUCAAUCUGAAGGUAAUACAGAUCACAUUAGUAAAAAGACAGAGGAAUUGAGUUCUUCUCAGACUUUAUCACAUGAUGGAGGAUUCUUCAAUAGACUGGAAGAUGAUGUUCAUAAAAUUCUUAUUAGAGAAAAAAGAAGAGAACAGCUUACAGAAUAUAAUGGAACAGAUAAUUGCGCUGCUCAUGAACACAACCAGGAAGUAGUUCUGAAAGAUGGAAGAAUUGAAAGACUAAAGUUAGAACUUGAAAGGAAAGAUGCUGAAAUCCAGAAGCUGAAAAAUGUGAUUACUCAGUGGGAGGCAAAAUAUAAAGAAGUAAAGGCAAGAAACGCACAGUUAUUGAAAAUGCUUCAGGAAGGUGAAAUGAAAGAUAAAGCAGAAAUACUUCUGCAAGUUGAUGAAUCACAGAGUAUCAAGAAUGAGCUAACUAUACAGGUGACUUCACUUCAUGCUGCAUUAGAACAAGAAAGAUCUAAAGUGAAAGUAUUACAAGCAGAAUUAGCCAAAUAUCAGGGUGGCAGAAAAGGGAAAAGAAACUCUGAAUACGACCAGUGUAGGUGAUUCCAUUAGCCUUUGAGGUCAACACAAAAAUUAAAACUUUCAGGGUUUUGCAAAAAUGUACAUAUUUAAUGCUGUGCAACUGCUAAACUAUGCAGUUUUUGUUGGAGAAAUACUUAAAACGAUUAGCUCACUAACAGUCUAUGGUUUUUUUUGUCCUUUUGGCUUAAAGUGAAAAGAAGAAAAAAUAGAAUUCCAGCAGAACUCAGUGAUUGUUGUUUACUAUCCAUACUUCUUAUCAUUUUAGUUUUUCAUCAGUCAAUAAAAUUAAUUUACUCUUC